CUUCUUCUUCUUCUUCUUCUUCACUCCACAACACUCACUCCAACCACACAUAUCCCAUCCAUAAUCACCCCCCACAGAGUUGUCAACUCCUAGAUCCUAUUCUACUCUCGUCUUUGGAGAGUAUAGGUUCUAGUUUUUCUUCGCUUUAUUCUUUCAACACGAAAAGUCUUCUUCUUUUCCCAGGGCAGGUUCCAGCAAGGAUUGCUAGGCCUUUUUUUUCUCCCACCCAGCGCCUUUUUUUUUUUCUUCCCCUCUACACCACCACGAUCACAGCUUCGGUCUGUGAUCUCAGAACCCUCAACUCGCAAUCAUGGCUUCCACCGAUAAGGGUCUCGAGGAGAUCCCAGUAGGACAAAUCGAAUCCAACUAUGAUGAGGUUACCGAUUCCUUCGAUGCUAUGAACCUCCGCGCUGAGCUGCUCCGAGGUGUCUAUGCCUACGGUUUCGAGCGCCCCUCUGCUAUCCAGCAGCGCGCUAUCAUGCCCGUCAUCAAGGGCUCCGAUGUUAUUGCCCAGGCUCAAUCCGGAACUGGCAAAACUGCCACCUUCUCCAUCUCUGCUCUGCAGAAAGUCGACACCAACCUCAAGGCUUGCCAGGCUCUGAUUCUUGCUCCUACCCGUGAGCUUGCCCAGCAGAUCCAGAAAGUCGUUGUUGCCAUCGGUGACUUCAUGAGCAUCGAGUGCCACGCUUGUAUCGGUGGCAUUAGCGUGCGCGAGGAUAUGAAAGCUCUUCAGGAAGGGCCCCAGGUCGUUGUUGGCACCCCCGGCCGUGUCCACGACAUGAUCGAGCGCCGUGUCCUCAAGACCGAUCACUUGAAGAUGUUCGUUCUUGACGAGGCUGACGAGAUGCUUUCUCACGGUUUCACCGAGCAAAUCUAUGAUAUCUUCCAACUCCUUCCCCAGUCUACCCAGGUUGUCUUGCUUUCCGCUACCAUGCCCCAGGAUGUGCUGGAAGUCACCACCAAAUUCAUGCGUGACCCCGUCCGCAUCUUGGUUAAGAAAGCAGAACUCACCCUUGAAGGUAUCAAGCAGUUCUACAUUGCCGUGGAAAAGGAGGAAUGGAAGCUGGACACCCUGUCCGAUCUCUACGAGACUGUCACAAUCACCCAGGCCGUCAUCUUCUGCAACACCAGGAGAAAGGUCGACUGGCUCACUGACAAACUCACCGCCCGUGACUUCACUGUCUCCGCCAUGCACGGUGACAUGGAGCAACAGCAGCGUGAUAUUAUCAUGAAGGAAUUCCGCUCUGGCUCUUCCCGUGUCCUCAUCGCCACUGACCUGCUCGCCCGUGGUAUCGAUGUCCAGCAAGUCUCGCUGGUCAUCAACUACGAUCUCCCUGCCAACCGCGAGAACUACAUCCAUCGUAUUGGUCGUGGUGGUCGUUUCGGCCGGAAGGGUGUUGCCAUCAACUUCGUCACUGCUGAUGAUGUCCGCAUGAUGAGAGAGAUCGAGCAGUUUUACAGCACCCAGAUCGAAGAGAUGCCCAUGAACGUUGCUGACCUCAUCUAAACGAAGAAAAUGAUUAACUCCCGAAUCCCGCCGUGUCCGCUGUGAUGUCCCCAAAUCUCCCAGCGGAGCGGGAGGGGAUUCGUGUGCCUUUUAAUUUUUUCUCUCUCCCCAUGACAUUUCCUUCCCCUUCAGAAUUUACAAAAAAAGAGAAAAAUUCCUUUCAGAAUUAAUGGUUUUUUUUUUCCAACGAACCCCCCAGUUUUGUUUAUAGUGGAUAAACAAUUGGGCAGAAUUUCUUUUUCUUUUCUCUUUUCUUUUGCAUCUAACUCCGUCCUUUAUCACCACUUCCACAUUCCCGUCAGCGUUCCUUUCUAAAACGAAAUAAAAAGUGGUAUCAGUAUUAUCGUUGGGUUGUUUGUUUAACGUUGACGUUUUACGUUUGUUGUCCUGUUUUUCUUUUUCUUUUUCUUUUUUUUUUUUUUUUUAUCCGUUGCUGUGCUUUCCAAUUUAUCUAUUUUCCCCUCCUAUGACCUGGCAUGGCUGCAUGGAUGAUGC